AUGGAAGAGGAGGAAAUCGUGACGGAGCGUGUUACAAUCAUUUUCGAACUCAACUUCGAAAAUGUAAUAAAUCCCGUGCCCGCGAAGACUUUCGAAGUUCGAAUUGCGAAGGACUGCGCCUUAGGCCAAGUUAUCGACACUUUUUGCUGGAUGCAUAAACUGCCGAAAGAAAAUUACCGAUUUCGCUAUCUCGGUGGUCCUAUCAAAUCGAUGGAUACACCAAUUAGUCUUGGAAUAGAAGAAGGUGAUUUCAUCGAUAUCUUCCGAAAACAACAGGGGAGCACGGCUGGACUCGUUUUCAAAAACUUCCACUUAGCGCUUCAGAUACUUUUUAGACGAAUCCGUCACUGCCAAAUACUUACUAACGGUUUCCCAGUGCUGAUAUGA